GGUUUUCGACUCGCCCCGCGUAACCAGUGAAUUUCUUACCAUUGAAGCGUGAUUUCUUCUUGGAUGAUCCUUUCUCGUGGUGGUGGUGGUGGUUAAAAGUGUCAAGGUGGAUUUAUCAGUGAUUAUCCCGAAGAAUACUAGGUGAUACGGCAAACGCGAUGACAUAAACAAAAUAUUGAAGUGACCUAAUAGGAGUAGUGGAGGUCAACACUCUGUACUCAUUCAUCAAUGAUGCAGGUCGCUGAAAGUUAAUAUGCUUAACAAAAAAGUCGAUGUGACAAUCGUUGUGCGGUUAUUCUCUUUUUUCCACUGUUGCUAGUCAUUAUAAGCCAGCAGUAACGCCAUAACAGUGCAUCGGCAGCCAGGCGAAGACCAGACCACAAAGAAACGAGAAUGGAUGAGAUGGGAGACGUUGAUCCGGAAACGCUUCUAGAAUGGCUCUCGAUGGGACAAGGAGACGAACGGGACAUGCAGCUAAUUGCUCUAGAGCAAUUGUGCAUGCUCUUAUUGAUGUCUGAUAAUGUGGACAGGUGUUUUGAAAUAUGCCCACCCCGUACUUUUCUUCCAGCCCUUUGUAAAAUUUUUCUGGAUGAAUUGGCACCGGAAAAUGUUCUCGAGGUCACUGCACGUGCCAUCACAUAUUACCUUGAUGUUUCAGCCGAAUGUACACGCCGCAUUGUUGCCAUUGAUGGAGCAAUAAAAGCGAUAUGCAAUCGUCUCGUUGUCGCCGAUUUAUCGAGCCGAACUAGCCGUGAUUUAGCCGAACAAUGCAUAAAAGUUCUGGAGUUGAUUUGUACACGUGAAGCAGGAGCAGUUUUCGAAGGAGGCGGUUUAAACUGCGUUCUUUCUUUUAUACGAGAUUGUGGAUCGCAAGUACACAAGGAUACGUUACAUUCAUCGAUGGCAGUAGUUUCAAGACUAUGCACGAAAGUCGAACCGAACAGUCCUUGCAUUCAAAAUUGUGUUGAAAGUUUAAGCACUUUAUUGCAACAUGAAGAUCCCUUGGUAGCAGAUGGUGCAUUGAAAUGUUUCGCUUCAGUAGCCGAUCGUUUUACUCGAAAAGGAGUGGAUCCGGCUCCUUUAGCCGAAUACGGACUUGUAAACGAGCUUUUGAAACGGCUAGGAAAUGCAGCAGGAGGGGCUCAAACCGGAUCAGGUUCCUCCUCUAGCAAUAAUGAUAACACGAAUGCUGUAACGCCAAAAACACAGCCGACAGAUGCUAAUAGAUCUUCACAAUCAAUCUCAACGACAAUUUCCCUAUUGUCGACUCUUUGUCGUGGAUCUCCUUCAAUUACUCAUGAUCUGCUACGAUCAAAACUCACCGAAUCUAUGGAGCGCGCUCUUAAAGGAGAUGAGAGAUGCGUACUAGAUUGUAUGCGAUUAUCUGAUCUUCUACUAUUACUUCUAUUCGAAGGACGCCAAGCCUUAAGUCGAGUAAACGGCGCCGGACAGCAAGGACAGUUGGCUCCACGUGUACGCCGUACAGAUUCAAAUGCUGAAAGAACACAUCGCCAACUCAUCGACUGCAUUCGCAGUAAAGAUACAGAAGCACUUACCGAGGCUAUUGAAUCGGGAGGAAUAGAUGUUAACUGCAUGGAUGAUGUAGGACAGACAUUGUUAAACUGGGCUUCAGCUUUUGGUACAUUGGAAAUGGUUGAAUACCUUUGCGAGAAAGGCGCCGAUGUGAACAAAGGGCAGCGUAGCUCAUCAUUACAUUAUGCAGCAUGUUUCGGUCGACCAGGUAUUGCCAAGGUUCUUUUAAAACAUGGCGCGUAUCCAGAUUUGCGUGAUGAAGACGGCAAAACACCUCUCGAUAAGGCCCGUGAACGAAUCGACGAGGGACAUCGCGAGGUUGCUGCGAUUCUACAAUCACCAGGGGAAUGGAUGUCUGCUGGCCGUGCAGACUUAAAAUCUGACCAAGAAGAUGCAUCGAAUGAACCACGCGGUGACCCCGAAAUGGCACCGAUAUAUUUGAAAAUAUUCUUACCAGUGUUCUGUCGAACAUUUCAAGGAACAAUGCUGAGUAGUGUGCGCCGCGCCAGUUUGGGUUUAAUCAAGAAAAUGGUGCAAUAUGCACAACCAGCUCUCUUGAAAGAGCUGUGCGAGUCGCAACCUCCAAAUGUGGGAAACGGAGAACAAAACUUGGGAACAUUACUCGUUGAGGUGGUUGCGAGCGUUUUAGAUAAUGAGGACGAUGAGGAUGGACAUUUAGUUGUUUUGACAAUAAUUGAAGAGCUCAUGUCAAAAACCCAAGAUGAAUUCUUGGAUCAAUUUGCACGACUUGGCGUCUUUUCUAAAGUUCAAGCACUAAUGGGACCAGAAAAUGAGAGCUCUAUUGAAAGUAUAAAACAAUCUUCGCAAGUAUGCAGUAUAAACACAAGCAGUGCAGCCGGAUCGUCCACAGGUGAUGAUAUAUCUGUGAAAUCUCAGUCGAAAGGUAACGACGACGCUCUUGAGGAUGCAAAAGAAAUUUUGCCCGGUAAAGCGUAUCAUUGGCGCGAAUGGAGUAUUUGUCGUGGACGUGAUUGCCUCUACGUUUGGUCCGAUUCAGCAGCAUUGGAACUAUCAAACGGUUCUAAUGGUUGGUUCCGGUUCAUACUAGAUGGAAAAUUGGCGACAAUGUAUUCGAGCGGUAGUCCAGAAAAUGGAAACGAUAGUUCAGGAAAGGGGCGUGGCAUGGAUUCUGUAUCUAGUGAAGAAAAUCGUGGAGAAUUCCUUGAAAAAUUGCAACGAGCCCGCGCAGCAGUUCGGCAAGGCGUAGCUUCACAACCAAUUUUAAGUGCAGUCAGUCUUCAACGCUUGGUCGUUGGAAAUUGGGUUCUGCAAUGCCAGAAAGAUAAUCAACUUCACAUACACAACACGGAAGGUCAUCAAGUUACUAUUCUCCAAGAUGAUUUGCCAGGCUUCAUUUUCGAAAGCAACCGAGGCACCAAACAUACGUUCACCGCCGAAACCACUCUGGGACCGGACUUUGCAUCCGGCUGGUCGGCUAGUAAGAAAAAGAAAAUCAAGACUAAAACAGAAGUUCAGAAAAAUCAAGUUAAGAACAUGGCCAGAGACUUGUACAAUCGAUAUUUCAAAGCGGCUCAGGCAGUGCCAAGAGGAGCCGUUGCAAAACUUUCAGCUAUUGUUAAACAAAUCGAAGAAGCUUUAGAAGAACAAUCUGCCGGAGCAUUUGGAAAUGUGCCGUCAAAUAAAUGGCAAGAAAAAUUGCGCAAUGCUCUCAACGAACUAGCGAAUCUACUACACGCCGAUGGCGUCGUCAGUGCCUACGAAAUGCAUAGUUCCGGACUUGUUCAGGCGCUGGUCGCUGUACUUUCUAAAAAUUACUGGGACAGUGGAUUACCAAGAAACAAAGUUAAUAAACUACAAAAGCAAAGGAUCUCAAUCUUCAAGCAAACUAUCAUGAACAGUUGCUUGGGAGAAGAUAGCAUCAAUAUUUGUGACUCUAAAAAUACGGCUGGAAUUCUUGUUUUGAAACUAGUCGCAGUAUUAGAAAGUAUUGAAAAACUUCCAGUGUUUAUGUAUGAUGCGCCUGGUACCGGAUAUGGUCUACAAAUUCUAACCAAGCGGCUUCGCUUUAGAUUGGAACGUGCCCCUUGUGAAAGUACUCUAUUUGAUAGAACCGGCCGAACAUUGAAAAUGGAACCCCUCGCGACGGUAGGACAACUUUCUAAAUAUUUACUGAAAAUGGUCGCUAAACAAUGGUACGAUAUGGAUCGAUCAACAUUUCUCUAUUUGAAAAAAUUGAAAGAAUCCAAAUCUGGUAUUGUUUUCAAACAUCAACAUGAUUUCGAUGAGAAUGGCCUAAUAUACUUCAUUGGAACGAACGGGAAAACCACUGAAUGGGUUAACCCGGCCCAAUAUAAUCUAGUUCAAGUGACUAGUUCUGAGGGUAAGCAGCUCCCCUAUGGGAAAUUGGAAGAUAUCCUUUCACGUGAUACGAUUAGUGUUAAUUGCCAUACAAAAGACAAUAAGAAGGCAUGGUUUGCAGUCGACUUAGGUGUUUACAUAGUUCCUAAUGCUUAUACUCUGCGUCACGCUCGCGGAUACGGACGUAGUGCCCUUCGGAAUUGGAUGUUACAGGCAUCCAAGGACGGUGUAACGUGGCAAACCCUCGUUACUCAUACAGAUGAUAAAAGCCUUGCUGAGCCGGGCAGUACGAACACAUGGCCCAUUGUUUGCUCGCCCGAUGAAAAUCAAGGUUUCCGUCAUAUUAGAAUUCAGCAAAAUGGUCGGAAUGCAUCAGGGCAAACUCAUUAUCUAAGCUUGAGUGGUUUCGAAAUUUAUGGCCGGGUCGUUUCAGUUUGCGAAGAAAUGGGUAAAGGCGCUAAGGAGGCAGAAGCCAGAAUUCGUCGUGAGCGCCGCCAAAUCCGCGCGCAACUUAAACAUAUAACCACCGGAGCUCGAGUUGUCCGAGGCGUCGAUUGGCGCUGGGAAGAUCAAGAUAGCAACGGCGGCGAAGGAACGGUAACAGGUGAAAUCCACAAUGGCUGGAUUGACGUGAAAUGGGAUCAUGGAGUUCGAAACUCCUACCGCAUGGGAGCUGAAGGAAAAUACGAUCUGAAAUUAGCAAAUUGUGAUAAUUUAUCUGUAUUAGAAGGAGGCAAUUCAAUUGCCCCGUUGUCAAGCACAAAGAAAUUGGAGAAAUCUAGCGUGUUAACUAGUCGUAAGUCGAGCUCGACCCCAUCUUUGCCAGAAGCUACAGAACUUAACAGAAACUCGGUCGCUACAUCUGAACAGGCUGCCUCUGCAGACAAUUUAGCCUGGAAACAAACAGUUGAAGCUAUUGCCGAGAGUGUUCUGUCUUCUGCAAAGUCAGAUAUCGUAGGAAGUAAUUUGGAAUCCAAGGAAGGCCCCGUUGGAGUGACUACUACCUUGAGAGAACGCGAAAAUCAUACGGAUCUGUCAGCUAUAAACAAUUCAAUGCAGGGAAUUAACGCCACCGUUUCAGAUCUGGCUACCAUAACUGAGAACUUGGCUCUUAAUGACGGCGUCAAAAGCAAUACAGCCAGUGGCAGCAGCAACCAACUGAUGCGGCAGCAAAGCUACCCCGAUGACAAUAAGACAUCGAACAUAGAAGCAAAUAACAAAAUGAAUGCUAGCAAUUCAGUCAACAGCAUCAGCAAAAGCUUAUUAGUCAACUUGCGAGCCAGUUCGGGAUCUCGGGUUUCGCAAUUUUCCUCGGAGGCUAUGGAAGUUUUCGAUAAAAUGCGUGAAGGUGUUGAUAUGAUUCGUAACAACACAAACAACAUACUCUCCUCCGACAUACUUUCAAUGCCCUCUGGAAAUCUACCACCAGCACCGACCGUAAAAAUUGCUCUCCCAAAAUCUCGCGAACCUCUCACCCAAAGUGGAAGCGUCGCCAAUUCACGCAGCAAAUCUACUGAAGAAACUGGUUUCCACUACAAGAAACAUUUUGUUGAGAAACAUCUUCAAAUCGCUGCCAGCGAUGAAUGCUCUACAAAAGAAAACAAUAAAAAUACAACUUCGCAACAACAACAAAUGGAUGCGAGCUGCGGUAAUCAACAAUCGUCGGGCAAUCAACAGAAUGUCUCUUCGACAGCUGCGGUAUCGGUUUCGAAUGCAAUGAGCGUUAGUGUUCCAAAUCUGACAACCACAACGAGCGGAGAUCAUACGAACCAGGCAGAGACCGCCACUCCGACAGGAUUAUUAGAAACAUUUGCAGCCUUGGCACGUCGUCGUCCAUCGCAAGGAAGCAACUUGCAGAAUAAUCAAGUGAUCAAUAACGGAAAUGCGAAUGAUCGUAAUAAUCAGAGCUCAUCCACCGGAUUCUUCCCUCGCGGACCAAACUCAGUUACGAGUCUUGUAAAACUGGCUCUGUCAAGCAAUUUUCAUUCAGGGCUGCUGAGUGCAGCGCAAAGCUAUCCAAGCUUAUCAUCAAACAAUGCAGGAAACAACUCCAGUACACCCGGUCAAGCUACCGGUGCAUCCGCUGCAAACCAAUCCUCAAUUAACCCAGCAUUGACAAUGAGUCUGACAUCCACAUCAAGUGAUAGUGAACAGGUGUCCCUCGAGGACUUCUUAGAAAGUUGCCGAGCACCCGCCUUACUUGGAGACCUGGAUGAUGAUGAGGACAUGGACGAGGAUAACGACGAUGAAGAAAACGAAGAUGAAUAUGAAGAAGUUGGGAAUACACUGUUACAAGUCAUGGUCUCACGAAAUCUACUAACAUUCAUGGAUGAUGAAACAUUUGAAAAUCGUCUCGCCACCGUCGGAAAGCGAAAGUCUUGGGACGAUGAGUUUGUCUUGAAACGGCAAUUUUCUGCAUUAAUUCCGGCAUUUGAUCCACGUCCAGGCCGUACAAAUGUUAACCAAACAUCUGAUUUGGAAAUUCCACCGCCAGGAUCAAAUACAGAUUCAGGAAAAAUAUGUGAUUCAGCACCGAUCUCACAACCUACACUGUCACUUACAUUGAAAGGACCUAGUAUUGGUGGAAUAGCUGAUAUCGAAAUCGAUUUGAAGAAUUCGGAUUGGACGAUAUUCCGUUCUGUACAGGAACUCAUUCAACAAACAAAUCUAACGAAACAGGAUAAAUUCCGCAAGAUAUGGGAGCCCACAUACACAAUCAUUUAUAAGGAAUCCAAUGAAAUUGGAAGUGGCGAAGAUGGCCCAACUACACCAGUUGCAUCGUCAAAGAGUGGAGCUUCAACGUUGUCGCCGAAUUCCCCAAUGAAAACAGGAGGAAGUUUGACUAAAGAGAAUAUGAACUGUAGCGUCGACGAUGUCUUGCAGUUACUUAGUCAAUUAAGCACUCUGAAUCAGAAGCAAAAGCGUUCAGAGGAUUUAGAUAUAGAUUCCUCGCAGUAUUUACUUUCAGAUAUAUUUAUGAGUAAAAAGAUAACUAAUAAGUUAUUGCAACAAAUUCAGGAUCCCUUGGUCCUUUCUAGUAACAGCUUGCCAAAUUGGUGUGAAGAUUUGAAUCAAACUUGCCCAUUCCUAUUUCCAUUUGAAACGCGUCAGCUUUACUUCAACUGCACUGCCUUCGGUGCAUCACGCUCCAUUGUUUGGCUGCAAUCUCAACGUGAUGUGACAUUAGAACGACAGCGAAUGCCCGGAUUGAGCCCACGUCGUGAUGAACAACACGAAUUCCGUGUUGGAAGACUUAAGCAUGAACGUGUGAAGGUUCCUCGUAAUGAACAGCUGCUGGAUUGGGCCAUGCAAGUUAUGAAAAUUCAUUGCAGCCGUAAAUCCGUGCUGGAAGUAGAAUUCAUAGGAGAAGAGGGCACUGGAUUGGGCCCGACUUUAGAAUUUUAUGCCUUAGUCGCAGCUGAACUUCAACGCGCCGACUUGGGAAUGUGGCUUUAUGAAGACGACCGUCACAUGAACAACGAAGAAAUCGAUUUGGGUGAAGGAGGAAAGCCCCCAGGUUACUAUGUUCGACGUCCAUCCGGCCUAUUCCCCGCUCCUCUGCCUCAGGAAUCAGAGAUUUGCGAGAAAGUUUCGAAAUACUUUUGGUUCCUGGGCGUUUUCAUCGCAAAGGUGCUCCAGGAUGGUCGCUUGGUAGACUUACCACUGUCAAAUUCUUUCCUUCAGCUACUUUGCCACAACAAGGUCCUGUCGAAAAUCAAUCGAAUUCAGACAUUGAAAACUUCAGAUGAUUUGAUGGCGUCUAGCUUGAUAUCAGAGGAUUCUGAAUGGGCCGACUCAUGCUCGAAAUUACUUGGCACUGAAUUCCCGGAGACAUGCUGGUAUGAUGGCGUUUUAUCGCAAGAUAAUCUCGCAGAAAUUGAUCCUAUUCGCGCUGAAUUCAUAAAAGAACUUCAAGAGGUUGUUGCCCAGAAGCAAGCGAUCGAACAAAAUGAUUCCAUUUUCAAUGAUCAGAAGCUAGAAAUGAUCAAUAACUUAAAAGUUCAUACGAAAUCUGGGGAAGUUAGUCUCGACGAUCUCGCUUUGAAUUUCACAUAUCUACCGAGUUCCAAAGUGUAUGGUUAUUCGUAUGCAGAAUUAAUUCCAAACGGAGCAGCAGUUGAUGUUACAAUUCACAAUUUGGAAGAAUAUUGUGAACAACAAGUUAAUUUCUGCCUACAAGACGGCAUUGCAAAACAAUUAGAGGCGUUUCAUCGUGGCUUCUGUCAGGUAUUCCCGCUGACAAAGCUAGCAGCAUUCAGUCCAGAUGAAGCUCGUAUGAUGAUCUGUGGUGAACAACAUCCGGAAUGGACGCGCGAGGAUUUAAUAAACUAUACGGAACCGAAAUUAGGAUAUUCGAAAGACAGCCCCGGAUUUAUUCGAUUCGUCAACGUUUUAAUGAGUAUGACCGGUGCCGAACGUAAAGCAUUCUUACAAUUCACAACUGGUUGUAGUAGCCUACCACCUGGUGGUCUGGCCAAUUUGCAUCCACGGUUGACUGUCGUGCGUAAAGUUGAUGCUGGUGAAGGUAGCUAUCCGUCUGUCAAUACUUGCGUCCACUAUCUAAAACUGCCCGAUUAUCCAACGGAGGAGAUCAUGAAGGAGCGAUUGUUAACCGCUACUAAAGAAAAAGGAUUCCAUUUAAAUUAGAUUUAAUUACGAUUCAUUCAUUCAUUUCAUUUUUUGUGUUAUUUCUGCUUUUUUUAAACCACAAUAUUAUUACAAUAUAUAAUAAACUCUAAAUAAAACGAUAAAUUUAGUACCUAUCUCUAUCUAGUUAUAUACUGCUAUUAAUAAUCAUACAUGAACAUGUCUAAGUAACGAAUAUAGAAACUAGAGAAACUGAAUGAAGAACGAAACGAAAUCAACAUUUGAAGUACACGCCACUAAUGCAUCUUCAACAUUAAAUAUAUAAAUAGAGUAUUUUCAAAUAUAUCACUGAAAAAAGAAUACAGAAGUUUGUAAAUAGUUUUAAUUUGCUAUCCAAAAGAAAUCGGGGUGGAAGUGGAACCUCCCGACUCCUAAGAAAUACUUGAAAUCACCACUAGAAUGGAAAUUGUAAAGUUUUUACAAAGCUCCCCGUUGAACGUGUUGGCAUCGAAAAAGAUCCAAUCUCCGAGAAAAGUUCUGUGAAGCAGGCGCACUCCUAAAUGUAUUCGUCGCUGAGUAGAGAAGCUUUUAACUUUCUUUGUUAUUAAAAAGAGAAAUAUUUAAACAAUAAUAGACGUAUCGUGUGCACGCAAAUCAAAAAACAAAUUUAUAAAGCUAACAUACAUAAACUAAAUCUAAGAUUUAUAUACAGAGGAACUCCCCAGAAAAUGCAAUGCACUGUGCGAUGUUUUGUAUAUUGUCAGCAACAACAGAGUGGAACCAUUGGCAGCCGAGAUCGCUGUACCUAUCCGUAGAUAGAUACCGACCCAUGCGUCGUGUUUUUUUUAAAACGUUCACCUUCAAAUCGAGUUGUUCUUUUCAAGAUGUUUCGCGUUAUUUUUAAAAAUCAAAAUCCAUUUAGUCACCCUCCUAACAUUUUGGAUUUGAGAGUCGUGAUCUAGUAGUUAACUUCUCAAUAGUAAUGACUUAAGUAAUUUUGAUAAAAUUUUCGAUAUUUUAGGUUCUAAUUCUUUACUUUUAUGGUUAUAUUUGCGUUUUUGCUUUGACCUCUUCUUUUCUUCAUUUUGAGUAUUUUGUGUGGAGCUUCGCGCUAGCUAUGCUACGAUAUUGUUAGAUCGCAAAGGAAAUUAUAUUGUUGUGAAGAGGUUUAUGAUGAUGAAUUAUUUACAAUUAUGGGAAUUCAAACUUAUUUAAAACACAUACACACACCUUACUUUAUUUGAUUAUCAUAUUAAACGAGAAUUCAAUAUAUAUGUGAGAUAUUUUUGUUUUUGUUUUUAAGAAUGUUGAGAUAAUGAUGAUGAAAACUAAUAAAAUCGUAUAUGACUAAAUUAA